AGACGCUUCCUUCUGAGCCCGCCCCCUGUCCUCUCCUGCCUGUGCAGUGUUUGUUGUCAUCAAGAUGGAGUUCUUGUUGGGGAAUCCGUUUAGCACUCCCGUCGGCCAGUGCAUUGAGAAGGCCACUGAUGGGUCGCUGCAGAAUGAGGACUGGACGCUCAAUAUGGAGAUCUGUGACAUUAUUAACGAGACAGAGGAAGGGCCCAAAGACGCCAUCCGUGCCAUCAAGAAGAGGCUGAAUGGCAAUCGAAACUUCCGGGAGGUGAUGCUGGCUCUGACUGUGCUAGAGACUUGCGUGAAGAACUGUGGCCACCGCUUCCAUGUGUUCGUGGCCACCCGGGACUUCAUCGACGGCAUCCUGGUGAAGAUCAUUUCUCCGAAAAAUAACCCUCCCACUAUAGUGCAGGAUAAAGUGUUGGCGCUGAUUCAGGCUUGGGCGGAUGCAUUCAGAAGCUGUCCAGACCUGACUGGAGUUGUCCAGAUUUAUGAGGAGCUGAAGAGAAAAGGCGUCGAGUUCCCCAUGGCAGACCUGGACGCUCUUUCACCAAUCCACACGCCACAGAGAGGAGUCCCAGAGAUUGAUCCAGCCUCACAUAAGUACAAAGCUCCUCCCCAGCCCAAGCCAGCACCGCAGGCGCCUCAGACGUCUGCAGCUAGUGGCUUGCCUGCUCAGACUCAAAUGCCAAACAUGACAGGGCCCAUCACACCAAACCCAGAACAGAUUGCCAGGCUGAGGAGUGAGCUGGACAUUGUGCGCGGGAACUGCAAAGUGAUGUCAGAGAUGCUGACAGAGAUGGUGCCAGGGCAAGAGGAAGCCUCUGACCUUGAGCUCCUCCAGGAGCUGAACAGGACAUGUCGGGCCAUGCAGCAGAGGAUAGUGGAGCUCAUCUCUCGUGUCUCCAAUGAAGAGGUCACAGAGGAGCUGCUACAUGUCAACGAUGACCUAAACAACAUCUUUCUUCGCUAUGAAAGGUAUGAAAGAUACAGAUUGGGCCGGAAUACACAGAAAAAUGGGGUUUUGAAUGAGGCUUCAGUGGAGGAUAAUCUGAUAGAUCUGGGUCCAGGCUCUCCGGCUGUCGUCACCCCUCGAGCCAGCGCUGCAGCCACUCCCACACCUCCCUCCAGCCUGACUGCUGCUGCUGCCCCGUCACUCUCCACACAGCUUGCAGGACUGAAUUUGGAAUCAGAAAGUGUCAGUGGCACUCUGAGUGCACUGUCUGCUCACAACCCUCGUGAUGACUUUGACAUGUUCGCCCAGACCAGAGGCAGCUCCCUUGCUGACCAGCGCAAAAACGUGAAAUAUGAAGACCCACAGGCUCUCGGUAGCCUGGCUUCUGCUCUAGACAUCCGACAACAAAAUACUACUGGGCUGAGUGUAAAGAAUGAUAACGCAGAGUUGGAGCCCAUAGACAGCUGGCUCAUUACCCAAGGAAUGAUUCCUGUAUCGCAGUCUUCUGUCAUGGAUGACAUUGAGGAGUGGCUCGGUGCUGAUGUGAAAGGUGAUGAGGCUGAGGAGGGAGUGACCAGUGAAGAGUUUGACAAGUUCUUAGAAGAGCGAGCCAAAGCUGCAGACACGGCGUUACCAUCACCCCCUAGAGAUGAGCCGUCUGCUCCUGUGAGUGCGCCGAGCAGCAGCCGUAAGAAAGCCGAGCGGACUGAGGACAACCUGUUCACAUUGUAGGUCGCUCAUGAACUUUAAGAAAAGCUCCGUUCAUCCCCCUCAGCGUUCCUCUGGAUUCCUGCUGCCUUUCCGCGCUGCUCUCUGUCACACGUAUCUUGAUCCAUCAUGGGACUCUUGGUUCAUUUCCACCUCUCAAGCUGCUGGCUGGAGCGGGGCAGCUCCUGUGAUACGGCUCCUCUUCCAGACUCAACAUGCUUUUGUGUGUAACUUCAGGGGCAGAGGGAUGAUCCGUCUUAAACGAGUGAAUUUCUCAGCAGCGAAGUCAUGUUGUAGUUUAAGUCUGUUUUGUUGAGAUAUGCCAAGAUUAUGACUUACUUCUGUUUAUUAACAGAAGCCUUGCGGAAUCUGGCUUGGAAAAGCGUUAUAAUAUCUCAGAUUUCCCAUGCAAGUUUACAUACUAAUCUGAAAUAUGCCAUUCCAUAAAGGUAAUUCUUUAUUUCCUGUGGUCCAAUGUCAUUAUACCACUAAGGGAGAAUCUAAGUGACAAAUUAAAGGAAAAACAGACAUACGUACCUUAGGUUUUGGGCCUGCCGAGCUGCCAGAACAGCUUCCUUGUGCCUUGGCACAGAUUCUAUAGUUUCUAUAGAAAGUGUGUAUAAGUGUACUGGCAGGAUGAACACCAUUCUUCAUAUAUACACACAUGUUCCCUCAAAAUGGUAUUUCGAUGAUGGUGGAGAGCGCUGACUAAAAUCUCCCAGAUGUGUUCAAUUGGGUUGAAAUCUGGUGACUAUAAACACUAUAGCAUAUGACUUACAUUAUUUUCAUACUCAUCAAACCAUUCAGUGUGCCUUUGUGCCCUGUGGAUGGGGUCAUCCUGGAACAGACCACUCCCAUCAGGAUAGACAUCUUUUAGAGGAUAAAGUGAUGAGUCAGAAUAGCGUUGUAUUGAUUUGCAGUGACCCUUUCCUCUAAUAGCGCAUUUACACUCCGCAAAAUUACCCACAGUCCAGGUUGUAGCUAUUUUCACCACCAGCAGCUAAAAUAGUGCUGACCAUUGAUUGCUAAAACAUCGUCAAACAGCGGUCAUUGAUUAAUGUCUCUGGCUGAGCUCCCAUCUGUACAGGAACAACAUCUUCAGUAAAUGGCUAAUAGUGACUGCCGAAGUGACUUACUCUUUUGAUUAGUCCUUUCUUUGGCAGAUUUUAGAGGCAGCAGCACAAUUUUAACCUGCAAUUUAAUGUUUCAAUUUGAUGUUUCAUUUUUAUGCCUCCACCACAAGGUUCGUCCAUCUGUCCGUCCAUCUGAGAUUCUCAUUAGAGCGAUAUCUCAAGAAUGAGAGGUCGAAUGCUUGUAGGAUUUGUAUGGAAUUAUCAUUGUAACCAGCAGAUGAUCAGAUUACAUUUUGGAAUUAUUCCAAACAGGAUUGAGGUCAUAGCAAGGUCAAAUCUCUGAAAUAGUUUUUCUUCAAUAGCUUCCUAUCUGUUUGAAGUAUAUUUUCAAGUGUAUUUGGGGCAUUAAAAAAUUUGUAACAAAAAGGACUAGAUUUGUUGGCAGAGGACGCAUCCCUCCCAUUGUACGUGUUAUUUAUUUAAGCAGAGUAAAACCUGACGACAUCUAGGGCAAAUCUGAUAUAGCUUCCUCUUCACUUUGUUUGCACCUUAUAUAGGAUUUAACAUAAUGGAGCUCAGCACCCUAACUUGUGCCCUCACCCAUAUUGUAGAAAGAUAUUUUAGAUUCAGCCGCAGAUGCACAGCCUCUUGUGUGUGUUUUUAAACAUUGUCUAAUAAGGGCACUCAAAUGAUUUUUCAGUGUACUGGCAUACAGAGCUGCGUUUGGGUCCGUCAGCAGCCAUUAAUUAAAAGCAUCCUCUUCUUUUAACUAGAGAUUAAAGUGUUGUCACACUUGUGUUUGAGUGUGUGCUUCCAUUAAAAUAAAUUCACUGCAUCUUGUUAAUUCGAGAGAGAAACAGAAAUCAGAGAUGCGUAGUUUUAUUUUCAUCUACUGAGUGGUAUUUCUGUGCUUGCACCUAUCAAGUUAGCCUUUUAAUAACCUACAGAGAAACUCCUCCUACUUUCAUGAGUAUGGUUACAUGAUGGGAAAGCAACACAUGCACUCUGCCAGGAUACGGAUAGACCUGAGUACUGAUUUGUUUUCGAGUUGUGGCGAAUUGCGCUGUUUGGUGGAGAAGCGCUAUAAAGAUAUAAGCCAUUGCUAAGAAAAUGCCUUCAAUAGCCACCAAGGAAAAGCCACCAGUUUUUCCUUUAAUUUGUCAUGUGUUUUUUUUAAUGUAUUCAGUUAAAUCUGGACACCAGGAGAGUCUUUUAAAAGGGAAAACCAAAAAAAAAAUAAUAAUGCUUGCGUUUCAUGCUCUGUCAGGGUUUCAUUUCUCAGUUGCUUUGAGUGUAGGUUUGGUGAAUGAAAUUACAUUGUUGUAAUCAUGAAAAUGGUGACCAAAGACAGUUUAGACAGUUUCCAAAAAAUGAUUUGUUAACUCUUGUUUCAGAGAGCUAAGAGUAUUUCCAAACGGUUCCAAGAAUCAAGUUCUGUAAAACACACUGCCUCCUUAAUACUAUUUGGUACAUUAAAUUACCAUUAAGUAAGUGAGUUGAGGAAAUAUUUCACAAAUACUUAUGAAGCAUUUGUGAAAAAAUAUUAUCUUAUUUUCAGAAUCAUGUAUUUUUGUGUGUGGGUUGUUUGUUUCAUAGCAAAAAAAAUAAAUAAAUCACAAAUGAAAGUCUGGGCCACAGUAAAGACAGCAGCAUUAAAAGAGUAAAUGGACAGAAUUUGUUUCCUGGUGGUCCUCAUGCUGCAGGAUUAAAUUAUGGUAGCAGAAAUUGUACAUUAUGUAUUUGUAUGUAUACAUAAAUGUAUGUAUAUACAACCCAAGAGUAAUGAAUAUAAAUGUCUGUUAUCAUUUCUGAGUAAGUUGUUAUUCAGAAAGAGAUAAAAUUAAUGAGUUCAGUUCACUCAGUCAGGAGCUCAUCUGUGUGAUUUGGUUCAUAUUUUUUGGUCAUGAUGGUCAUGGUAGGUGUGACGUUUGAUAACUGGAUAAGUGGGUUAGCUAGCACAGCUGGAAGGAUUAUAAGACAGAAUGUAAGUGAAUGUAGAGCCAGUAAGGAAAGGAGAUGAGAUGCCUGAUGAAAUUAGGAGUUUCAGAUGUGACACUUUGCGUCUGAACCUCAGUUGUAAUCUUGGUGUACAUCAGCUCUUCAAAUGCAGUAGUUCAGUUUAGUGGUCAUUCAGCGUAACGGGGUGUUUCAGUGUAGCAUUACUCACAAAUUGGUCAAAACUAGCCAAAAAGAUUUUGAUGAGAUUUUAACAUUUCGAUUGUUCACAUUGGUACAGCGCUUAAUGCAUUGUCAUAAUACAAUACAAGCUGUCAUAAAUCAGUGAUAAAAUAUUGAUUAUAGAUGGGCCUUUUAUAUGCUUUACGUGAAUAUAAAGCACAAAUCAGAUGAUAACAGACAUUAACACCUAAAUUACACCUGUUUCCGAAAAGGAACGUUCAACAAAAGUCACAAUUACAAGCAUUCAAUUACAUAAAACUUUAAUUUUUUUGUUUGUUUAUAGCUUUGUAUAAAUUAAAACAAUGAAGCUGACAUGUCAGUAAUUAUCUGUGUCCUAUAAAAAGCUUUGCUUUCCAAUAAGGUGGCAAUCGUUAUUUUUAAUAACUGCUUUAAUGAAUGUUACCAUGUGACAUUAAGUCCUAAUUAUUUUGAUUAUUUGUCUCAAACAUUAAUGUCUUAAUGUAUUUUAGGAUAUGUAAUAAAGUUUCUUAUUGUGA